AGAAUAUAUGUAAAAUGCAAUAAUAUUAGUAAUAUAGUGCAUACAAGGAAAGAACAGGCACUGGACAGGACGAUAUUCAAUUCUAAUCCAAAAUCCUAUCCAGCUUUCUAUGUCUGUCCUCUUUUUGAACCACUUCCGGUUUCUGCUUUCUCACUCCAAUCCUUUCUCUUAAAGCUCAGAUUUCUGUCCAAAGAAUCCAUCUUUUUUCAUUGUUUAUGCCUUCAAAACUACAUAGCUACUAGAAAGAAAGUGUCUUUGGGAGGAAAAAGAAAAUGAGUUCUGUUAAUUUAGGUUCUUGGGUACAUACCUCUUCAAUCUUCAACCAAGCAUCCAGAUCCAGAUCCAAAUCUUUUUCUUCUAAUCCUCUAAAAGGCUUGCAGAUUCCUGUUUUAUGCUCAAAAUCAAGGAAGCCCAUUUCUUUUAUUGCAGCAAUUAUUACAAAAGAAGAGAAAACUCUUCAAGAAGAACAAGAUAAUUUUAAUUCAAGACCACCCACUUUUGAUUUCAAGUCUUACAUGCUCCAAAAAGCUGCUUCCAUCAAUCAAGCUUUAGAUGCUGCUGUUCCGAUUCGUGAACCAACUAAAAUUCAUGAAUCUAUGAGGUAUUCUCUUUUGGCUGGUGGCAAAAGGGUCAGACCAGCACUUUGUUUAGCUGCUUGUGAACUGGUUGGUGGCAAUGAAUCUAUGGCUAUGCCUGCUGCAUGUGCUGUAGAAAUGAUUCAUACUAUGUCACUUAUUCAUGAUGAUCUUCCUUGUAUGGAUAAUGAUGAUUUACGCCGUGGAAAGCCCACUAAUCAUAUUGUUUUUGGUGAGGAUGUGGCUGUUCUUGCAGGUGAUGCAUUAUUAGCACUCGCUUUUGAACAUAUCGCUAUAGCCACUUUAAAUGUUUCUCCUGCUAGAAUUGUUAGAGCAGUUGGGGAAUUAGCUAAAGCUAUUGGGGCUGAAGGGUUAGUUGCUGGUCAAGUUGUUGAUAUAUGUUCUGAAGGAUUAUCGGAAGUGGGCUUAGAAAAACUUGAAUUUAUUCAUGUCCAUAAGACCGCAAAGUUGCUGGAAGGGGCUGUGGUGUUAGGGGCUAUAAUGGGUGGAGGGACUGACGAGGAAGUUGAGAAACUGAGGAAAUAUGCUAGGGAUAUUGGGCUGUUGUUUCAAGUGGUGGAUGAUAUUCUUGAUGUCACCAAAUCAUCUCAAGAGUUGGGGAAAACUGCAGGGAAGGAUUUGGUGGCAGAUAAGGUUACAUAUCCGAAGUUGAUGGGAAUUGACAAGUCGAGGGAAUUUGCUGAGAAGUUGAAUAAGGAAGCUCAAGAGCAGUUGGCUGGGUUUGAUCCUGAGAAGGCUGCUCCAUUGAUUGCUUUGGCUAAUUACAUAGCUUACAGGCAAAACUAAUGUUGUUGUACUGUCAACUGUUUGUGUUCUAUGUUUAGAUGAAAUGACAGAACUUCAAAGUCUUCUUCUACAAUGUUAUAUCAAAUUUAGCAAUACAAUUCAAUAGCAAUUGGUCCGACUUCAUUUUUCUCUCA